AUGGAUUCCAGGGAGUGCAGCGUGCAAGAUGGGUUGAUUAAGACGAGCGCAGGUGGACUCUGCGAGGGAGCGUAUGUCUUAGAAAGCAGACGAUUCGUGGCAGACGCAGCGAGCUGGUUGGUAUUGAAGCUGGGGAUGAAGAGGGUGGUGGUGGUGGCAGCAGGUGGUGGAUGA